GGCGGUGUCUCGAAAAGCGGCGCUGGGAAGGUCGUGGUUCUCGCAAGGCGCGCGGCAGGCGUCGCCGGGGGCGUGGCUGGGGGCGGGGCCUGGCCUCGUUGUGGAACGACUCGUAAUCCAUCAUGGCGGCCGCGGGGGUCGGUGUCUGUCCCUGAGCAACGCUGGAGCCGGAGCCGGUUCCCGGGUCUGGCGGCUGAGGAGCGCCUCCGUUGUCCACGGCUCCUACCUGCAGGGGGAGGCUGGGUCCCGCGGUGGAGCUCGGCGGAUGUGACUGCCGGGCGGUGGCGGCCGUGGCAACGUCCGGGGCCAGGAGAGGGGGUGUCUCGGGAGAGACCCUCGGGCUCGGGGCAGCUGAGGCGGCCGGGCCUCCUGCCCCCUCCGCCUGCCUCCCGCCUCCGGGUCGCGAGAGCCCACCGUCCCUUACAGCCCUGCCUGGCUGUGAGACAUUGGGGGUGGUCUCUGUUCCCCCAGACCUGGGACACGCCGUUUCCUGAGGCGUGGAGGAGCGUCGCCCCCGAGUAAGCCGCCAGUGCCCCCCGGCCCCCGCCCCGGCAGCCUCCCUCUUAGCCCCGAGCCGCCCCUUGCUCCGACUCCCGGCACCAAGUUUGGCCUCGGAGUCCCCCCAUUCAAAUCCCUUCCCUGUUGUCAAGUGGCCUCCCCUUCCCCCCAGUUGCUCCCGCGAGCCGCUAAUGCCCUGACUUCUCCCAAUGUCACCCAAGGCCCCCUUGGUCUCAGCCCAAACAAAAACUUUAAUGCAAAGGAAAAGUCUGGACUGGUUUCACAGGCCUUUUAAAAAGCGGAUCUGAAAGUUGCUGGCAAUGCAUUCCUUCUCGUCAGAGUCGAGGGCAAGCUCUCGCUGAAGCCUCGGUGACCCGUGUCCUUUUCCGGACAGCGUGGUAGAGAAGCGGGAGCUGCAGCUAGUUCGGCAGGAAAUUUGUCGGAAGAUGAAGAAACUAAGAUAGGAGUGGGUGACUUCCACAGGAAAAGUUCUGGAGAAGCAUCCAAAGAUGAUCAACCUUUUCCUUUAUAUAUGGGAAUCGAAAGGACUUUAGUAUUACCGACCCUUUUAU